AUGUGGGACUACUAUAAUGGCAAAACAGUCUUCAUCACAGGAGGGACAGGAUUUAUUGGCACUGUUCUCCUUUGGCGACUUUUGAAUCAAUCGUCACCAGAACGAGUAUAUGUGCUAUGUCGAGGUGGACACGAGAAGGCAAACGUAAAAUGGACUGGUAUGCUUCCAGCGGCGACUGCAAAAACACUCACACAAAACUCGCGGAUUACCAUCCUUGAUGGCGAAUUGGGUGAUACUGCGACAAUGAACUUAUCAGAGGAGACACUUCAGAUGCUUAAGCAAACAGUACACAUAGUCUUCCAUGCUGCCUCGUCCAUCCAGCUGAAUAAUUCUCUUCGUGAACUUGCAUAUAGUGUCAUGGCACCGACCCUGUGUUUGACGAACUAUGCCCUCAAGUUCCCCAACCUCGAGCGCUUUGUGUUUUUCUCCACCGCAUACGCCAACGCUCAUUUAUGGAAGGCCGACAAAUCAACAGAUGUACAAGUGGAUGAGAGAGUAUAUCCACUCGGCAACGAAAACGACGAUUACUACCAAAGUGCCCUCGACGCAUGGAGCGCCGUCACAAAGACCGGCUCAUCCGAUGAAUAUGAUGCUCACGACUUUCCCUGGCCAUACGCAUAUGCCAAGCACCUGGCAGAGAGGCUUGUUCUGCAAAAAGCAUCUGAGCGCAACAAGCUAGACCAAGUUCUCAUCAUCAGACCCUCGGUCCUUGGUCCAGCCGACAAAUUUCCAUACCACGGGUUUACGACCUCUUACGGGGCACCGUCAACGGCCUGUGCAGCAGCAUAUAUGUUACACCCAGGCCGGAAGAUUGCUCUAGCGACUCGUUGCCAGAACCCAGACCAAGAAUCCACUAUCGACGAGGUCCCAGUGGAUGUGGUAGUUGAUCGGACGCUGGUCCAUGUGGCGCUGGGGACGAGUGGAUGUGUCCAUGCAGUUAGUGGAGAGAAGGGUCGGUUAACAACCGAGGAGUGGUGGCAUGCAUUCAAGAAAGAAAGACUUUUACCCUGGAAUGUGAAGCCCACCUGGACCUCCGAUGACUGGCAUUCUCCUAAUCUCCACCAAAUGGCUCGCAAGUUUAAGAUUAUUGGUACUUCGUUUGCUUUUUCAGAACAGAAAACUGUGCAGUUGGCGGAGAAGCUAGGGACUUCGGAGAAGGGGAAUCUCCAUUUAUUUGCUGAUCGGUCAAAGCCAUACUCCUUGCAUUUGAGGCGGCAUCACAUUCAUCAUCAAGCGGUUGAAGUAGCCAAAAAAAAAAACUGGCCAGCAUGUUCUGCUAGGUUGUUUUGUCGCAAGGGCAAACCUAUGGCACAUCUGAAUGAGAAGGCAGUUUCAUGA